AUGAAACAGAAACAGCGGCAGCAACAUCAACAGAAACAGAUGCUGAAGAUGGGCGUCCGUUGCGGAAAAUGCAAAUCAAUUGCAUCGCUCUGUCUGCUCUUGUUGGCGAAUUUCUUCGGUGGAUUUUCGUUGGUGCAAUCGGCGGCACAGCAAAUUCCCUCGAGUCAGUCGACAGAUACUGAAUUGUGUACAGUUUCCGAAGCUGACCUAGAAUAUAUCAAAACUUCUUUGGAAAAUCUGAGCAAAAAUGAUAAAACUUCCGAAAGCAGGACCUUUGAAAACUCCAAUAAGAAAUGUCAGACGGUGAUGAAGCGAAUUGGUGUGAAUCUGAAACAUUUGUCGCAGAAGAAAGUUUUGCUGAAACAGAACAUCCUGGCGCAAGAAGAAUUCAAUGCCAAAAAGAUUGAAUACGAGCAAAUUCUAAGAAACAUGACUAGUGAAUUUAACGAAUUUAAGCAACAGGUUAUUGAAGAGCAGCGACAAAAAAUUGAGGAAUUUGGAAAAGUGAUUGUCGAAUUGCAGGCAAAUAAAACUGAACUUAAUACAGCAUUGCAGCACGUAACGUCCAAAGUUGAUGACGCAAAGGAAAUGUUGAGCGUUAUGUAUGUUCAGAACAAUGACAUCGACAAUGCUAUCGAAAAAUCGAAAGCGUUAAAACCAGAUGCAAUUAUUGCCAUCGUCAAAAGUGUUUUAACAAAUUCUCCUAAUAAAAUCAUUCCGCUUAUAGAUUUUACGGCUUCCAUCAAAGAACCAGACACUCGUAGUGAAGCUUACAAAAGGAUGUACGCGGUUGCAGAGAACUUGCCGCAGCUCGGAGAAAUCCAUGUGAAGCUUGCUUCCCAUAUUCGAAUCUUCGAACAAACGUUGACAGAGAAUUUAACAAUCAGUGACGAUCAGAAAGAACAUAUCCAGAACAUUCUACCUUGGAUUGAAGGAAAAGCACAGGCAGUGAUCGCAUCCUGGGUCAGCAAUACCCGAGAUUACGUUGCCCCAUUUAAGGCGGCCCUCGAUGAGAUGUCCGACCAGCUGAUGAAGCGAGUUGGGCAAAGCUUACAAUUGCCGGAAAAUUUUCGGACUGUAGAUCAAAUGAUCGAAUUUCUGGUAGCGACCGAUAAUAAAUGGAAGCUCUGGGCCUAUCAGAGAGCGGUUGAUCGGAAAAUGCUACCGUACAGGAGUUCUGUUUCUAGCUAUGUGAAGGGCAGAAAGGAAAUUGGAAAUCUGGAGCACAAGGAGACGCAAAUUUUGUUAGAUAUCAGUAAUAAGCUGAAUAGUUUGUAG